UCUGUUGACUGCCACAACUAAAUGCGUCCAAACACCAACGCCACGAAUGGUCUUAUCCAGGUCGGUGCGAGCGCUAUGACAGGUUUGGGAUGGAGAGUCCUAGAGACACAAAACCUCCUUGUUUUACAGUUUUCGCUUGGAGAGGUCGCGAGCUGCAACAACAUGCAUUAAACGGCUGGUACGUAACUUUUUUGAGCCUGAGGUCUAACAACGUUCCAUGUGUUUGCUCGUGACCGUUCCUUAUGCUGCUGGGACUUCUUAUGUUUUAAGCAACGUAGAUUUUGGCAAGAUUUGAGGAAGCUUCAUGAAGUGGUUCAACCCUUUGGAGGGCUUCAUCGAUGCAUCACUUUUUCAAUCUCAUUACAAGGUCUCCGGGGAUGGUUUCCAGGCGGCCGCCGGUUGAGCUUCAAGGUCCUUGGUGCUUUAUGAUCAUCACCUUACUGUGUAUGAUCAUUUUGUUUGACAACGUGAACAAGUAUGCUCCUUAUGGAUUUCUGGCUCCCGUCAUCUAUGCUGGAACAGAUAAUGCUACCAGUGAAAUCCAUAGCGACGACAAUCGAGUAAGAAUUCUGCUAGAUCUUUGGAGCAAGACUUUGGAUCAAGGUGCUAGAGCCGCGGGAUCGGAUAUACCAGCGCCUCACUUUCAGGACUGUAAGAAAAGCAGCGAAGACUUCACCAGGCUGGACUCUCGCCAACACGAUGGAAGGCGACCCCUGUGGACACUUUGGAAAGGUGCGCUCGGUCUAGAGCUGGGAGGGGGCUUAUCUGUUGAAGACGAUGGAGAAGAAAUGCUCUCGACCAAAGCCAGAUUACAAGGACCGUACCCGCCUUGGAUUCAAGGUGGUGACGAGGACAAUCUUCCUUUAACUCGACGAGCACAACGCGACAUAUGGCUCAAUCAACAUCCGCGAAAUUGCAGCAGCGCAAAGUUCCUCCUGGCAGACUGGGAAAGCCAGAAGACUAGGAGCUCAAUUGGUGUUGGUGCGGAGCUCGUGGCUAUGACUGGACUUCUGGCAGUUGCCUUGCGAGAAGGAAGAGUUUUAGUAACGAAAGACUACCACGGAGCCAAUCACAGCGGAUGUACUGGGUCAAGCCAUUCGCGGUGGUCGUGCUACUUUGCAGCAGAAGCUUCAAACGAAUGCAUAGAUCGUGCAUUAAAACUUUCCAUGCUAAAGUCUGCGUGGCGAGAAGGAAUACUUACGAGCAGCAAGAACUAUCCCCCAUUUAUCGUUUGGAAGGAAGUGCCGGUUCCAACCACCUGGGGCAGACCAUGGGAAUCGAUACAACGGACAGUCGAACUCGAUGGUAGUCUUUUGUCGGGUUACAAAGCACAAGACCGAAGAUGGUGGAGGACUCAGGCUCUCCGAUACUUGAUGCGGUCUCCAAGCGAAAACUUGUGUAAUUUACUCAACCGUGCUCGCCACGAUGCAUUUGGAGUUAAAGCCGCCGAGAUAGCUUUGGAUUUAGUUCCACGAGAAUGGCCAAAGGUACAGUACGCUCAGCCGGAGCGGACACCCAUAGAAAAGCUGGUGUGGAGUAGUCUGGGACCAUGGAUUCCGCGGCCUCUUGUAAGCAUGCACGUUAGACAAGGAGACAAAGGCUCGGAAAUGCGAGUAUUUGCGUUUCCGGAGUACAUGAAACUCGCAGAGCAUCUCAAGCGGGCGUUUCCUCACGUCCGAGGCAUAUGGCUCUCCACAGAAAUGGAGAACGUUGUGGAGGAAAGCCGGAGCUACACGGACUGGAACUUCUACUUCACCAACAUCACAAGGCAGUCCGGGAGCACAAGCAUGGCCGCGUACAUGGCUCAACUGGGCAAGAGACGUAACUUUGACAACGCCUUCGUAAACUUGCUCAUGGCAGCCGAGUCGGACUUUUUCAUUGGCGCGUUGGGCUCGACUUGGAGCUGUAUCAUCGAUGGCCUGCGCAUGACGAGCGGCAAGACGAUGUCGGGCUUUCUCACCGUCAAUCCCAUCAACGAGCUACUUUGAUCACAGCAAAGGUUUGCGUUGUUACAUUUGGAGUUCUUCCAGCCGCUACUAAACGUACAGGACGAGACGAGCGGUGUGAAGAUCCGAGGCUGGAUGAUUGCAAAAGCCCUGCUGUGAGUUUCUUUGCAACUCGGAUUUCUCAAAAAAAAUCUUUUCAUCUCGUUGUU